AUGUCCUUCGAUGGCACUACACGUUUGAGGCCUACGAAGACGCUGAGUUUGAACACUUUUGACCAUGAGGAUGCGGGAUAUGCCAAUGGGAUGCUAUUCCGGAGAGCUGAUUCGAGCUCUUCAGCCUCAGCAGCAGCCACUUCCGCUGGGUCUGGUUGUGUGACGUGCACGGGUACCCCAGCGUGCCCCAGUUGUGCCAGUGACGAACAGUGCGUACUUUCGCUACUAAGCUGUACUCAGUGUCCGAAAACGUAUUGCGCCAAGAAAAAUGGAUCAUUGGGUUCUAGUUCUGCCUCGGCAGUGGUCGUAUCGUCGGGCGCGUCUAGCUCAAGUUCUGGUUCGGGGUCUUCAAAUAAUUCAGCAAAAAUAGGUGGUAUCGUUGGAGGCGUGGUGGGUGGUAUUGCGCUCAUUGUCAUACUGCUACUGAUAUUUCUGUACAUGAAAUACUGGCGAAAGAACAGAGCCAGGAACAAGGACGUUUUGGUCGCCCACGAACACUACGGAGACGAUUUCGAGACCGGUUCGGACUCCAAGCAAGAUGGGGAUAUAUCUGGGUCAGGGGAUCUUCGAAACAGGGACUCCGGAGCUUUAUAUCAGGCAAGAAACAGAAGUUCAGCCGCAACGCAGAUCACGAAGGCAUCCAAUAUUUUACCCAUUGCAUACAUACCCGGCGUUACUGCUGGUAGUCGAAGUCAUCAUAGACUACCUCCACUGCCUCGGCAUCUCUUACGCAAUGGUGACACAAGAUCUCACAUCACCUUGGGAUCUUCUAUUUUGGGUGGGGUGGACGAUGAUAAUGAUCUGGAAGGUGAGAUACCCGCCACCGAUACAGCUUCUGGUGGGGAGAAAAGAGAUACUGAAGUUUCACAGGAUGGUGGGUCACAAGAUGCAUUAACGACAGCCAUUCGGGCACGGCCCAAGCUGGUUCAAAUCAGUGAAGAAGACGAUGAGGCCGAGGAGAAUGAGAAGCACGGGCAUCAACCACAACACAACGGCUCGGUCCAGGACUCCCACCGUCGUGACGAAAAAGAUGUAUGGGUAACCACGGCUGCAAUGCCAUCGAGUGGCGAAAGUUCUCGUCAGGAGGAAGCGCAUGACAACAUCGCCAACGAACCCUCGGAUGAUGAUGAUGAAGACGACGACGACGACGACGACGACGGAAGCUUCAUUCUAGACGUGGGGAUGGAUAGUAGUAUACACAACGCAUAG